GGCCGCUUCUGUUUGCAAAAGUUUACGCGGAAUUUCGGGCAAGGCGCGUAUUAAAAAGUGAAAACAAGAACGGUAUAAAAAAUUCGCUUUUGAAUGAAUCUUUUUCGGGGCUAAUAAUUUUAUCGCGACAUCGGUUAACAUCUCAUUGCCCUGCUGGUAUCUAAAAAUAAUUUCACGAAAGAUGUGUUCUGACGUCCGAAACUUGAUUUUCUUCGCCGAAGAAAUUUAUUUGUGCUUCGUCAACAAACAUUGAGGAUUUGGUAAUAUUUUCGGGGUUAUUAAAUCGCCCUCAGAUCGAUCGAAGUUUUAUUUUUGGGAUUUCUUGAGCGAUACUGGCGUUCAAAGUAGUUUACUCUGAGUAAUAUCUAAAUUUAAAACUUUCAUGGAAGGCUCCAAUUCAAGUUUAGUUGACGCCGCUGCGGUCUCGAACAUUUACGAGAACAGCCUAGAUAGCAAUCAGAGCUUCACCAAUCAUUCGACAUGUAGAAAAGAAUACGUGGAAAUCGUUGAACAGCCAGCACCUAAAGCUUUAAGAUUCAGAUAUGAAUGCGAAGGAAGAUCAGCGGGUUCGAUACCGGGGAUAUCCAGCACUGCGGAAAAUAAAACGUAUCCGACGAUACAGGUGGUUGGAUACCAUGGGAGGGCCGUUGUCGUUGUGUCUUGCGUUACCAGAGACGAACCCUACAGACCCCAUCCUCACAAUUUGGUAGGUCGAGAGGGGUGUAAGAAGGGAGUUUGUACCUUAGAAAUACCACCAGAUACCAUGAGUGUUUCAUUCUCCAAUCUCGGCAUUCAAUGUGUCAAAAAGAAGGAUAUUGAAUCAUCUCUCAAGACAAGAGAGGAGAUUAGAGUUGAUCCAUUCAGAACUGGAUUCAGUCACAGGCAUCAUCCCACUUCAAUCGACCUGAACGCAGUGAGAUUAUGCUUUCAAGUUUUCCUGGAGGGUGACAAGAAAGGAAAAUUUACCGUUCCUCUUCCCCCAGUUGUUAGCGAACCCAUAUUGGACAAGAAAGCUUCAGCUGAUCUGGUUAUUGUGAAGUUGUCUGACUGCAACAGUCACGUGGACGGAGGAAGGAAAGAUAUCAUUCUUCUCUGUGAAAAAGUAGCCAAGGAAGAUAUUCAGAUAAGAUUUUUCGAAGAAAAAGACGGAAAAACCGUCUGGGAGGCAUACGGAGAUUUCCAAUCGAACCAAGUUCACAAACAGACUUCUAUAUGGUUCAGAGCGCCUAAAUAUCGCACGUUAGAGGUAACGGAGCCCGUCAAGGCGUUCAUCCAGUUGAAACGUCCGUCAGAUGGCGCCACUAGCGAACCAUUACCCUUCGAAUUCCUACCGUUAGACGCGGGCAGACCUUCGUACUGGACCUUAGGAAGAAAUUUCAUGAAGACCAGGAAUUCCCAUUUGUACAGCACGCUCUUGAGUAAGAACACAAUAAACCUCAUGAAGUGGAAUCCGGAAGAGAACAAAUUGACGCCGGAAAUAAUUCCGAGUGAUAAACUACCCGCAGAACAAGAAGUUCCUCAAUUAUUCGAAGAAGUGAUCAAAACGGCUGAGACAAACGUUAACGAAUUCGUAGUCGAUGAAGAAAAAGAUACAACAUUGUUAUUGGAUACUGUUAUGGUAGAAACUAAUAACAAUGAGAUUACCGUGAACAAUAACGAGAGUGGCAUCAUUGGAACGAACGUAAGCGAUGAAAUAUCUUGGAAAAUACCGCCCAACGAAGAUUCCGAGGAAAAAUCAUUCAAUCGGUUGAUUGACGAAGUUGCAGAAUUGGACGAAAUUUAUUCCGCAACUCAAAGCAACAAGAAUAACUUCGUUACUGGAGGAGAUGCGCAAGUGAUGGAAAUCGAUACGGUGAACAACAAUUUCGAUGAUUCCAAAACUUACUCCAGUUUACAAAUGGCCUUCAAGACGCCCUUGAACAUCGCUUAUAGACCAACGGAAGACAAACCUCAGUAUAUAUUCUCGACGAUAACAGAAGAGAAAAAUACGGAAAAACAAUUGACUAAAAGAGAGUCCCCGAUUGAGAAACUGCCCCCACUACCACCUAAACGUCAAAAGAAGGUAGAAACUUACAUAGGGGAGGAGAGUGAAGAAGAGAAAAGAUUGAGAGAGGCUCUUUUACACCCUAAGCCAACCAUUUUGAGAUCGAGGUCGUUCAGUUCACAACCUGAAAGACUGAGUGGGGACUUGAAAUAUCUUGGAAGCACUUCAACACUGCCUAAUCCGAAAAAGAAGAGUUUCUUUUCGAAAUUGUUUGGACGCAAGAAUAAAAAUAAGAGUAAUCAGGAUUUAUCUUCUACGUACAACAGUUCAAAAUCCCUUCACACACAGCAAAACGACAAAAAUUCGAAAAUAACGUCGAUGUCCGUCGAAAAUAUUCAAGCUACUCCAAGGUGUACACCUGCCCGAGAAAUGCUGAAACCCAACGAAAAUCAGACGCAUGAUGCCAAUAAUCCUCCUCAGGUUGAAGAUAUGGAUUCUCUAGUUAAAAGAAGUAUAGCUAUUGACGAUGAAUCCCUUCAUCUUUCCGGUGACGGGCUUGAUUUAACGGAGGCCGAACAUUACGCUUUAUAUACUGUAAUGGCGCCCCAUGCUACAGAGAGUGAAUUCGACGAGAUGUCAUGUUAUUACGCAGCAGUCGAAGGUGGAAAAAUUUUAAGUUAAAAUGUGCGAACUGUC